AUGCCGGGUGUAUGGGAGCCGACACGAGGGACCAUUCCACUUCGGCUUCGGUUUUUCCCGCUCGCAGGGCUACCAGAUCGAUUACAGCUGUCGCCGCCGGUCUGCCCCACCCAUAUGGCGACCGGCGGCGGCUUUUCAAACAGAUCACUCAAAACACAUCACAAGCGUCGCCGCGGGCUGCCCUAUUGCACCUGUGUGGCCCGCGGCGACACCUCUGCCACAAGACCGCUCUCCCGCGCCGACCAGCACCAGCUGCCGCGGGUCUCCCUCAAUACACUAGAGACCCGCGGCGGCCAUCUUUACAAGCACAAAUUCGACAAGUCGCAGACUGAAUGGGGCGGGCUGUCCGUCGCCCGCCCCAUUCAAUCACACCAGUCAGUAAGAUUGGAUCCAGCUCACCCCAACAAAUACAAGUUUGCCUGGUCCGCCUCGGCCGACCAGGUCAAGCACCGCAAGGUGUCCGGCAUGAAGACCGAGAAGAAGCAUCCAGUUGAGCUCCUCAACUUGGACAGCACCGCGGACGAUGGUCCGCCUCACCCACUCAUCGUGAGCUCGACGGCGCUCUCCAAGACUUCGUCCACCGACCAGGUCAUGUCGCGCCGAUCGGAACUCGUUCGGACUCUGCGAGCCCUGUGCGCACAAUCUUCACAACUGAUGGUGGGCCUCCCUUCGUGGGAGGUCACUACGUGA